AUGUCCGGAUUGAGUCAAGAGGUUCGUUCAGCGACUCCUAUAAACCCCAGUAUUCCAUCGUUGGCCGAUGUGGUGCCAUCUUUCAGACUGGAUGGACAUGUGACCAUUAUUACAGGUGCAGCAGGAGGGUUGGCGCACACGUUGUCGCAGGCUCUUGUGGCGCAAGGGUCGCAGCUAGCGUUGAUGGAUUUGAGCCAUGAGAGUUUGGAGAACACGAGAAGAGACCUAAUCCAUUUCCAGAAGCAGAACAAUCUUCCAGAGGUGGCCAUUUCGAUCUGGGCGUGCGACAUUUCGAACGCAGAUGAAGUGGAGGAGGUUGUGAGGGCCAUUCCCGGGGAGCACAACGGCAUUAUUCCGCAAAAAUUGGUGCACACGGCCGGGUUUUGUCAGAACAUCAAUGCGCACGAGUACGAUGCGGCCAAGGCCCAGAAGCUGGUGAAUGUGAACCUUUUGGGGUCCUUGUACAUCUGCCAAUCGAUGGCGAGACAAUUGUUGGCGAGAAGGACGAGAAGAAAGUCUAUUUCCACUGAUGUGAACGAGUCCGGAGAAGUGUUGCCCCACUUCCCAGAAGCUUCGUUCGUGUUGAUCGGGUCGAUGUCCGGGUUGAUCGUGAACACGCCUCAGCCACAAUGCGCAUACAACAUGUCCAAGGCAGGUGUGAUCCACUUGGUCAAGUCGCUAGCUGCAGAAUGGGCCAAAUACGGGAUUAGGGUCAAUGCUAUUUCCCCCGGCUACAUCGCGACCGCCUUGACCAAGCAAGUCAUCUCGCAGUCGCCAGAAGGUGCUGCGUUGCAGAAGGAGUGGACCAAUAGGAUCCCAGUGGGCCGUAUGGCGGAACCAAAGGAAUUCGUUGGGUCCAUGCUCUAUCUGUUGUCGCGCUCGGCCUCGAGCUAUACCACCGGUGAAAAUAUGGUUGUCGAUGGUGGGUACGUGUGCUGGUGA